AUGUCACCAGCGCUAAUCACAGGGACUUUGGGGCUGGCCGGAAGCCCCCUUCCCUGCGCCCACUCCCAGUUCAUUUCCUGUCCCGUUCCGCCCGCCCAGCAGCGACCUGGCUCAGCAGGCAGGCGGCCCAGGCGCCCCGGAGUGUGGUGUCUACCUGAAGAACAUUUUAUUUUAAAAAGAAAGAUGCUAUCUCCAAAUGAUAAAAAGUUAGAAAAGCUGGAUCCAUUUUAUCGACCUUCUAUGUCCAAGCAGAAGACCAGCGCAGAGAUCAUAAGUGAAGCACGAAAUGCAUUAAGAACAGUUAGGACCCAACGACCCUUUACACCACGGGAAGACCAAAGAAAGCUAUUUGGGCCUGCAUCUUCAAGAACACCAGAAAAUAGACCUCCUUCCUCCUUUAGCCUCCAUGCAUCCAGUUUUGAGUCAUCUGAUUUCAGGCCUAUCUCCAGUGCUCGUCUCAGUCCGCUAGAGCUUAGACCGAAAGCUCCGGCAUCUCCCGCCCCGGAGGAGGACCCGUGCCUUUCCUUUCCCAAACCCCCAGUGGACGCUGCAAAGAUGAGAAGAAUAAGCAGUGCCCGGGCGCGCUUAUUCAGGGCGGCCUCCCAGGGGGCUCUUCUGCCUGACAGGACACUUCCUCCCGCUGAGCCAAAGAAGACAGUGGAAUCCAAAGAAACCGUUGUGAAGGGGGACCCUAUGGUGAAAAUAAAUGGGAUUUAUUUAACAGAAUCAAACGCCAUGGGCCACUUAAAGAGUCACCCACUUCAGCUAACUUACGAUGGAGGCUUCAGUGAAAUUCAGGAGCAAGAAAUGUUUAAAGGGACAACAUCCUUGCCAUCUCAUCUCAGAAGUGGAGGGGAGCAGGGGAAGAGGUGUUCGAGAGCCUCAUCAUAUUCCAGCAGCUCAGACGUGAGCCGACUGGAAGCCAGAGCAGUCUCAAAAGCCAACUUGCAAGAAAAGGAUACAGAAAUAGAAGUAGACGAAGUCUUUUGGAAUACAAGGAUCGUACCGAUUUUGCAUGAAUUAGAAAAGGAAGAAAACAUUGAAACAAUUUGUGCUGCUUGCACACAACUUCAUCACGCUUUAGCAGAAGGAAACAUGCUUGGAAAUAAGUUUAAGAGAAGAAGUAUUCUCCUGAAGACCCUAUAUAAACUAGUUGAUAUUGGUUCAGACUUGCUCAGCCUUAAACUUGCAAAACUUAUUCUAGCACUUAGAGUGAGUAGAAGGAAUCUUCUUAAUGUCUGCAAACUUAUAUUCAAAAUUAGCAGAAGUGAGAAGAAUGACUCUCUGAUUGAAAAUGACAACAUUCUGGAAUCAUUAUUGGAGGUCCUGAGAAAUGAAGACCUGCACACUAACACUGAAGCUUUUUUAUACUGUAUGGGGGCUAUCAAAUUCAUUUCUGGAAACCCAGGAUUUCUCGAUGAAAUGAUCAGCAAAGGUGCUGUGGAAAUAUUGGUGAAUUUGAUAAAGCAAAUCAAUGAGAACACCAGGAAAUGUGGCACAUGUCUGCCUAACUCAGGCCACUUGUUAGUCCAAAUGACUGCUACACUGAGAAACUUGGUUGAUUCACCACCAGCAAGAAGUAAGUUGCUAAGCAUCAGUGCCCUCCCCCAGCUCUGCAUGGUGAUGGGACAGUACAUGGCUGACAAGGAUGUCUGCACCAAUAUUGCCAGAAUAUUCAGCAAACUUACUUCUUACCAUGACUGCUGUGCAGCCUUGGCCAACUGUUCCAGAUGUUAUGCCUUGUUUUUGAAAGUGAUAAACAAAUACCAGAAGAAACAGGAUUUAGUUGUCCGUAUUGUCUUUAUUCUUGGCAACCUGACAGCGAAAAAUCACCAGGCUCGUGAACAGUUUUCCAAAGAGAAAGGGAGCAUCCCGACCUUGCUGUCGUUAUUCCAUACAUUCUACCAACUGGACCUGUGCGCCGAGGAGCAGGCGGGAGGAGCCCAGCAACCCAAGGUGCAGAGGUCACGGGCCCCCGCGGAGGACGUGCUCAUCAAGCUGACCCGAGUACUGGCCAACUUAGCCAUCCACCCUGGCAUCGGCCCGGCCCUGGCCACCAACCCGCACGCCGUGGGCCUGCUCCUCGCCACGCUAGAAUACAAGUCAAUUAAGGAUUGCGAGGAGCUGGUGAUCAAUACUACAGCCACAAUCAACAACUUAUCUUACUACCAAGUGAAGAAUUCCAUAAUUCAAGACAAAAAGCUAUAUAUUGCUGAAUUGCUCAUAAAGCUUCUUGUGAGUAAUAACAUGGAUGGAAUCCUUGAAGCUGUGCGUGUUUUUGGAAAUCUCUCCCAGGACCAUGACAUCUGUGAUUUCAUUGUGCAGAAAAAUGUACACAAGUUCAUGAUUGCACUGCUCGAUGCUAAGCAUCAGGAUAUUUGCUUUUCUGCCUGUGGCGUUCUCCUAAAUCUCACUGUGGAUAAAAACAAACGUGUCAUCCUAAAAGAAGGAGGUGGCAUUAAAAAGUUGGUGGAUUGUUUAAGACAUUUUGGUCCUACCGAUUGGCAGCUGGCCUGCUUGGUUUGCAAAACUUUAUGGAACUUCAGUGAAAAUAUCACCAACGCUUCAUCAUGUUUUGGAGAUGAAGACACCAACACAUUGUUAGUCCUGCUACCAUCAUUUUUAGAUGAAGAACUAGCACUGGAUGGCAGUUUUGAUCAAGGCCUAAAAAACUAUCACAAACUCCAGUGGGAAACAGAAUUCAAACCUGUGGCCCAGCAGCUCCUGAACCGAAUUCAGAGUCAUCAUACCUUCCUGGAACCACUGCCUAUUCCUUCUUUCUAA